UCAUAGUCUGAUCUUGUACCCGAACUGAUAAGAACAAAAUCUUUGGUGAUCAGCCGGAUUUUGAAUGCGACUUCUGUUUCAUAAAGGGGAAAUUCACUACAAAUACGAGCAAAGUACAUAAAUAGCUACUUCGCAAUCAAAAAUUUGUUUCAGACAACAUGUGAAAAAAGUUCAAUAGCAGUGUAUGCGCACCAUUUGAAGUGAUUACAACUAGUGAUCGAACUGAAGCAAAACGGAUUGAGAAAAAAUAUGUCACGUCGAGCGAUUAAUUUGAGUAUCAACGUGUUACUGCUGGUUGGAGCUCUCGCUUUCGCCAGCGCUGAGACUUCUGCAGAAUAUUGCAGUGAGACCACGUGCGAUGUUGCGCGCGAUCAGCUAUUGGAGGCUAUAACGGAAGACUACCUCAAAGUACUCGACUAUGAAAUGAAUCAAAGCAAGGAGUUGUUGGAGAAAGUGCUCGCCGAUGAUAGGUUCCAGGAUAUACGCAGUGAAAUACUGCUUGGCAAGAAACUUAUCCUCAGCGAUUUCGUGGAGCAUAUUGAGGAGCGAAAGCUGACGCAGUUUCCAGAGAAGGUGUAUAAGCCCGCUCGUUUCUUCCACAUGUUUGGUAAAUCGCUUUUGUACAGGGAACUCAUAGACAUUGUAGCACGCCUGGAGCCCAAUAAGAGUCGAUACGAUAAAUGGAUUGAGGAAGCGGUGAUCGUAAAUGGCCUUGAAGCUGUAGUAAACAAUGUGAAUCGAAAACGUACGAAACUGUGUAGUGACAGUGCGAAGCGAAUUGAACAGUAUGUGAGCGGAUUGCCGGUGGAGCAGCGGCGCAAGGCGUUCGCACAAAAAAUGACUAAUUGGGCGCUGAAAAUGAAGGGAGCCGGAAAGUUGGAAGAAAAAAUGGAGCACUUUAGAGAGUUUCUGCGCCACGAAUACUUGGAAACAACGUCAAUGUUGGAUUAGGGGAAAGGCUGGGGAGGUGAUGAGCAACUGAAUGGGUUGAAGAGUGAAGAAUAAUUAAAAGUUAGUAACAGAGUAAUGCAAAUUAGAUCGACAUUUUUUGUAAAUAAUUACUUACUAAGAAAUAAAAUGUUGAAUAAGCGCACCUUUGCAAAAAGGAAUUUAAAUUCAA